CUGGCUAAUUUCUGCAGGUACAUUGGCUUUGAGAUACGGAAGUCCCACCUUUUCUUGCCAGGCUAACCUGGGGCAGUGCCUGCCGUUGCCAAUGGCAACAGAGAAAUUUGCCGGGUUGGGGGGCACCUGAGGUGCCAGCGUGUUUGCCUACAAUCAGGACGGAAGUUGGGCUUUGGCACCAGGAUCCAGAGCAUGAUUCCAGACCUCGGCCGCCUCUGAGAAUAACAGACUGCGUGAAUUAGACUAACGAGCUAGUGUUGGCAAUGAUGCACGCCCUUCCUCCAUCUGCAUUAUUUUAUAACGCUUGGCAGAAGAGACUAACUUUACCUUCUUAAAAAAAAAUGUGCAAAAACAGAGGUCUAUAUAGAGCAGUUAAUUAGAGAGACAAACGCUAGAUUCGUCAGGAGACGGUUGUGGAAUAACGUCCUGAUCUUCCUGGCGGGUUUUCACUUAUGAAGUCUUGAGUCAUUAGAAUCUUCAAGUUUAACCGUUGUUCCAAAGUGAUAACUACCUCUAUUUAAAUCACUGUCCUCGGUCCGCCUUGGUUGGCCUUGCCUUUAACACCAGCACUUGUAAAGCAGGGGUAGAAGGAUCUCUGUGAGUUCAAGGCCAUCCAGGGCUACAUAAUGAAACCCUGUCUUAAAAAAGACUCUGUCCUAUGAAAGACAAGUAUAGGAAGAGGUUAUCACAAAUAUUGGUGAGCAUACAACCACUCCAUAGAGCCCAGUGCCAUAUCUUAUGAGGAGGCACUGAGUAAAUCAACAUCAUGCAGAGGUGCCAGCCUUCUGAGCCUGGGAGACUUAAAGCAGGAGGGAACAAGCAUUCAACGUUAGCUCUGAGUUAUCAAAAGUUAAUUUUGAUGAUGAAUUUUGAGAUUGUCUUUCACAGCCAAUACAAAAUAGAGUUUAAAGUGAAUCACAAUUGGGUGUUUUUAGAUGCAGAAGAAGUUUAGAGACAUGGUUCCAGAACUACUUAUAGAGGAAGAGACUGAGAAUCUACAGACUGGAGAGAGCAACUUCAGACUGAUAACAAAAGUAGGAGGCUGAGAGAUCUGUGUGCUCUGUGCCUCCAGACAGCACACUUCACACCACCAGCCAGUCUCCUUGGAGUGCAGAAGCUGAUUGGCGUUUGACGGACCAUGACACCCACAGAACUCACUAGCCUUAUUCCUGGCAUGUUUGAUGACUACAGCUAUGACUCCACUGCUUCUACAGAUGACUACAUGAAUUUGAACUUCAGCAGCUUCUUCUGUAAGAAAAACAACGUCAGGCAGUUUGCGAGCCAUUUCCUUCCACCUCUAUACUGGCUUGUGUUCAUGGUGGGCACCCUGGGUAACAGCCUGGUCAUCCUUGUCUACUGGUAUUGCACAAGAGUGAAGACCAUGACUGACAUGUUCCUUUUGAAUUUGGCCAUUGCUGAUCUGCUCUUUCUUGCCACUCUUCCCUUCUGGGCCAUUGCUGCUGGUGGUCAGUGGAUGUUCCAGACCUUCAUGUGCAAGGUUGUGAACAGCAUGUACAAGAUGAACUUCUAUAGCUGUGUGCUUCUCAUCAUGUGUAUCAGUGUGGACAGAUACAUUGCCAUUGUACAGGCCAUGAAGGCUCAGGUCUGGAGGCAGAAACGGCUGCUGUAUAGCAAGAUGGUCUGCAUUACUAUCUGGGUGAUGGCAGCUGUGCUCUGCACCCCAGAGAUCCUGUAUAGUCAAAUCAGUGGGGAAUCUGGCAUUGCCAUAUGUACCAUGGUCUACCCUAAGGAUAAGAAUGCCAAGCUAAAGUCAGCUGUCUUGAUCCUGAAGGUCACAUUGGGGUUUUUCCUCCCCUUCAUGGUCAUGGCCUUCUGCUACACCAUCAUCAUUCAUACUUUGGUACAGGCCAAGAAGUCAUCCAAGCACAAGGCCCUCAAGGUGACCAUCACUGUUCUCACUGUCUUCAUUAUGUCCCAGUUCCCCUACAAUUGCAUUCUUGUAGUGCAGGCUGUUGAUGCCUACACCAUGUUCAUCUCCAACUGCACUAUUUCUACCAAUAUUGACAUCUGCUUCCAGAUUACUCAGACUAUUGCAUUCUUCCACAGUUGUCUGAACCCGGUUCUCUAUGUUUUCGUGGGUGAGAGAUUCCGCAGGGAUCUGGUGAAGACCCUGAAGAACCUGGGAUGCAUUAGCCAGGCCCAGUGGGUUUCAUUCACAAGGAGAGAGGGUAGCUUGAAGCUUUCUUCUAUGCUACUGGAGACAACUUCAGGGGCUCUCUCCCUCUGAGAGAAUUUCUCACAGGGCAUAUGAUCUUUUUUUUUUUUUUUCUUUUUUGAAAUAAUGAGCUAUAUAGACACAACAUAGUCUAAAGAGACAGCAAAUACUAAGACAACUGGGGGUAGGGGGGCAGGAAAACCAAAACAAUCCAUCUGGGAUGAGCCUAAACAACUUUAUCAUGCUCGGUCAGAAUCUGCCAAAGUUUCCAAAACUGAUCACUCCAGAAGGGCACCAGCUGGUUUUUGGUUAUAGUAACUGCAGUUCUGAGGAGAAUACUUGAGCAGCAGUGAGGAUACCCCAGUCUUGCACAUGCUGAUCAUCAGUGCAGCUGGGUUUUGGAGCCACUGAGUUUCUUCAGUGCUCCAAAUUUCUGUUUCUUCAGAUCUGGUGCAACUUCUCUCCAGAGGUGACAGAACACUGGCUGCCACCAUAGUCCCCUUUCACCACCCCUGUCUCCCCUCCCCCCCCAAAAAAAGGUGUAUUGACAUUCACCUCAGGAUUUAUUCUCUAUAGUCCUACUGGUGAGAAGACUGUGUUUGUAUGUCUCAUUACCUACAGAUUUUUUUUUUUAAAUUUAGAAUACACUCAAACAUUAUGAGGUUGAAUGCCAUUCUAAUUGAUUUCCUUGGUCUCCUUUGAGCCAGGGAGAAAGAACCACUGUUCCUAGUUUGGAGCCAUCUGUUUGACAGGUUGGUCAGGCCAUGUACAACUGACCACAUCACACUGCCUGGAGUCUUGCUCCCAGUCCACUUCUGUGUUAAGCAGAAGAUGCCAUGUCCAAACCUGUUUCCUGAUGUGGUGAAAAUGGCCUUCACAGAAUUAAGCUGGAGAAUAUGUUUGGAUGGUGGGAACUUAGCCUUUGGGACUUCCUCAGGCAAGAGACACUUGAUGCAGGUUCUCCCAUCUUCUCCUUAGCAGUGACAUGUCCUUUCCUUCUGAGGCUCCCAGAGGGCAUCUGCCUCCCUGCUACCUCCCCUUUCCUUACUCUGUAGUCCCAACAGUUUACAACCCUUUAAUUUUAGAUUAAGAAGAAUUGGUAGGUUGGGCAUGGUAGUGUAAACCUUUAAUACCUGCACUUAGGAGGCAAAGGCAGGAUGAUCUCUGUGAGUUCAAGGCCAGCUUGGACUAAAAAUCGAGUCCAGGACGGCCAGGGCUGGUUACACAGAGAAACCUUAUCACAAAAACCAAUCAAUCGACAGACCGACCAACCAACCAAGUAAACAGACAAAGAGUUGGAGAGAUGGCUCAGUGGUUGAGAACACUGACUGCU